AUGUCGAAGAAUAAUGAUUCGAACCAAUUCAGGAAGGUGGACGUUGACGAGUACGACGAGAACAAAUUUGUGGACGAUGAGGAUAAUGGAGAGAGCCAGGUCGGUCCAGAUGAAGCAGAAGUGGAUUCGCUGAUCAGACAAUAUCCUUUUACACUGAUUUGAUUUUUAAAGUGCACUGUUACAUUUAAUGGAGUGACGUGAAGCCGACACAGUUUUGCUAUAAUGUUGCAAUUCAGACAAUCUGACAAAUCGUGCUACUAUGUUGCAGAUCAAGUCGAUGCUUGCGCGCCUGUCUCUCAAAGUCAGGGCGUGGUGCUCUCAUGCCAUUGAUCCAACAAUCUUCCUUUUUCAUGUAACGAGAAUACGUUCUGCAGUCAGAUUUAUUGUUCUAUUCAGUAAAGAUUUGGUGAUGGUAGUAGGCCUAAUAUUUUGUUUAUGACCUGAAGACAGUCAUUUGUUUCAAAGCCGGUUCAGACAAGUUGAAGGAGGGUAGGAAGUGAAUUCCACCAGUCAGUCAUUGAGAUUCUAAAACAUAAAAGCAACAUGAUUUGAAGAGAGGUGAAUCAAGCAUUACCAUGGUGCUCUCUCAUCUCUCACCGUGGUCCUCUGUAGCUCAGCUGGUAGAGCACGGCGCUUGUAACGCCAAGGUAGUGGGUUAGAACCCCGGGACCACCCAUACACAAAAAAAUGUAUGCACGCACGACUGUAAGUCGCUUUGGAUAAAAGCGUCUGCUAAAUGGCAUAUUAUUAUUAGUAUAAAACCUUUGUAUUGUCUCUCUCUCUCUCUCUCUCUCUCUCUCUCUCUCUCUCUCUCUCUCUCACACACUGUCUGUCUCUAUUUUCCUUAACACUGUGAUGCACAGGGAACCUGAUGGAAGCUCUGCAGGCUGUACUAAAGAAUCCCCCCAUCAACACCAAAAACCAAAAUGUUAAGGUGAACCUUCAUUACAACACAAUAGAUCCAUGUCGAGCAUUAACGGUCCCAUGUGAAAUAACUGGCUUGUUCCUCAAAAUACACUUUGAGCUUGAGGCAUGUAAAAGUGUGUACUUCCUUAGCAGAAUAUACUAAAAUAACACUGUGUGUGUGUGUGUGUGUGUGUGUGUUAUAGGAUCGUGCUGAAGCCCUGAUGCUUAAAGUACUGAGUGCCUUCAAGAGCAGUGACAUUGAGAAGGCUGUUCAGUCUCUGGAUAAGAAUGGAGUUGAUCUGCUGAUGAAGUACAUCUACAAGGGCUUUGAGAAUCCCUCUGAAAACAGCAGUGCUACCCUGCUGCAGUGGCACGAAAAGGUAAGACUUAUCCUUACUGGUGUAUGGCUGGAAGCACUUACAAGGUGUGCGUGCGUGCGUGCGCGCAUGCGCUUGUGUGUGCCUGUGCCUGUGCAUGCAUGUGUGCGUGCUAAAGCCUGACUGGUGACUGAUGAAGCACAUGCAUGGAUUUUUAUAAUGAGGUGCACACUGAAGUACUCUUUACUGUUAGAUCGCUUUAUUAACUGUUAAUUCCAUAUAUUCCUGUUAUGUUGCUGUUAUUUGUAUCCACUGUAUUCAUACUGUGUGUGGGGGGGUUUCUGUGUGUGUGUGUGUUCUAGGCUCUCUCUGCUGGAGGAGUGGGCUCCAUCGUGAGAGUGCUGACAGCCAGGAAAACUGUGUAGAGCUGCACUGGACCUGACUGACUGCCACUGAGACCACUCACUCACUAAAACCCCCAGGGCCUGUACUCAUAAAGCAUCUGAGUCGGAGUGCUGA